AUGACUGUUCAUACACUGUCUGCCACGCCGGGCACUGCACCCGGGCAUGCUGGUCCGCCGCCACCUUCUUCAGGGCCGCCGACAUCGGCUGCGGCUCCCCCCACGCACCUUGAGAUGGUUUCCGCACCCGGUGCCGGAUCGUCUUCAGUGCCUACGGGUGCCACCGCAGGUGAUUCGGGUUCAAACAGCAGCAGCAGCAGCGGCAGCAGCGGCGGCAGCAAUAAUAAUAGUAGCAGCAGUAACAAUAGUAAUAAUAAUGGCCCUGAAGGCCUUGCGCAGGCGCUGGAGCAUGCGGUUCAACACACGUUCGAGGAAGAAGAGGAGUACGAAUACGAAGCUCUUCCUGAAAACACGUCGCUUGCGGCCAAUCUUAUUGCUGGUGCAGCCGCCGGUAUUAUGGAACACACAGUCAUGUACCCUGUGGAUGCCAUCAAAACGCGAAUGCAAGUGGCCUCCACAAAGGAGAUCUAUUCGGGUAUUGUGUCGGCCGUGUCCCGCAUCUCAGCCACCGAGGGUGCGUUCUCGCUCUGGCGCGGCAUGACAUCCGUCAUCAUGGGGGCUGGUCCCGCACACGCCGUGUACUUUGCCGUCUUUGAAUCCGUCAAGAGCUCACUGGGAGGCGACAGUGCCUCUGGAAAUAACCCACUUGUAUCUGCCGCUGCCGGUGCUUCGGCCACUAUCUCAUCUGAUGCUCUUAUGAACCCAUUCGACGUGGUUAAGCAGCGCAUGCAAAUCAAUUCUGCAAAGUAUCCUUCAGUCAUCUCCUGCAUCCGUCAAACAUAUAAUGCUGAAGGUCUUAAGGCCUUUUACGUCUCAUACCCUACAACUCUUGUCAUGAACAUACCAUUUGCUGCAUGCAAUUUCUCCGUUUACGACACGGUUUCACAUAUGCUCAAUCCUGAGCGCCGUUAUGACCCCUUGGGCCACUGCGUGGCUGGUGGCAUUGCCGGUGCCGCAGCUGCUGCUAUCACCACUCCUCUCGACGUUGUUAAAACUCUUCUCCAGACCAAAGGUCUGCACGCUUCUUCUGAGUCAGCUAGUAAAAUCAACUCUUUCUUUGACGGCGUACGUUACAUUUACCAAAACCAUGGUGCUAAGGGCUUUUUGCGCGGCCUUAAGCCUCGCAUUGUCGCAAACAUGCCUUCCACCGCCAUCUGUUGGACUUCUUACGAGAUGGCUAAGUUUUAUCUCUACAAGACUGAUAUGAUUAAAGGAUCAUCAUCAUCGUCUUCUGCUUUCUAA